AUAUUUUAAAAUGUCACAUAUUUGGACCACAACCUGCAUGACACCUACGCCCGCCUACGCUGGGCGGACGCCGCUUGGACCAACCCCCAAGACCGCCUAUAUAAGCGUCAACCCUCCACUGCUGAGGCCACUCUAGUCUCACCUGCGCGUCGCUCGCGCUGUGUCCAGACGUGCUUAGUGAUUACGACAAACUAAGACAACAUGAGCAUCCCCAUGCAGCUCCUCCUGGUAGUCGCCGCCUUCUGCGUCCUGUCCGACGGCGCGCCGGACGCGCGCAUAGCCCGCGCCAAGCAGCAGCGCCCCACCAGGGGCUUCAAGAACCUCGAGAUGAUGACAGCAAGGGGCUUCGGGAAACGGGGCAGGGUCUCCACUAGGAGUGAACGAGAUGUCGGAGCCCAAACUCCGCCAGAGCGUACGUACCGCGCAACACCGACAUACAAGAGCCCAGCUCAGCAUUACGCAAGAGAUUUUGGAAAAAGAACGCCAGAAAUGGAACAAGAAGAAUCCAAUUCUUACGAGCCCAGGCGCUUCAACCCCAAGAACUUAAUGAUGGUGGCUCGAAGCUUCGGCAAACGGAGUGAUGAGACCGCUGAUGAAGAAGAAGAGAAAAGACCAAGAAGAACGGAUUUCAAGCCCGAUAAUAAAGUUAACGUAGCGGUCGGGUACGGCAAGCGAAAAAUGCCGGACAAGCGAGUGUACGGGUUGGACAACUUCUGGGAGACGCUGGCCGCGCCGGAGAGGGAAGGGCAGGAGAUUGAAGACGACAAGCUCGAAAGCAUCCCAUUGGACUGGUUCGUGAACGAGAUCGUGAAUAAUCCGGACUUCGCGCGAUCCGUGGUCCGCAAAUUCGUAGACAUCAACCAGGACGGCAUGCUAUCAUCGGACGAACUCCUCAGGAACGUGUAAACGACUCUUAAGUUAUUUGUUGUAGACUUUCGGAUUGUUUCCCGUUAUAUACAUUUGUACCAACACUGUCAAGUUGAUUUGAAUAAUACUACUUAAUUAAAAUGUUACUAUAGGUACUGUGAUAUCAAAUAAAAUUUAAUAAUUUUGAAAAAAAAAGUGGGAAUUAUGUUUUUGUACUCUGCUAUUGUAUAGUUUGUUUAAAAUUGGAGUAAUAUAUAACUAUAAUGUUUUAUCAUUAUUGUAAAUAGUUUUUAAAAUACGAUGUCAAUGGCAUAAGAAUUUGUCUAUAAAGUAAUUCCUUAUAUCUAUGUAGGAAAGUGUAGACCUAUAUGAAUGUGUGUCUUCAAAUUUCAUCACAAAUCUAUACUGAAAAAAUAUAUAUAAAUUUUCGAUUUUUUCAAUGUGCGUCACCCUAGUGCGACCUCUGUAAUUUUGAAGUUAUACUUCCUUUUCGUUAUACUUCCUUUUUGUUAUACUUAUUUUUUUUGUAUUUAUAUGCACUUGUUUAUGUCUAAGGUUAAGACAAUAUGUAGGUGCUGUCCCAAUAAAAUAAAUAUAAAAUAAUUGUUUACCACAACACAUUUGUUUUAUAUAAGUUGUAUCUAAGUUUGGUUGUUAAAUGGUAAUUUUUUGUUUUAGCUAUGUUAAUGUAUUUUCGUUAGACAUAAAGUUUUAAUUUAUAUAACUGAAUCGGUACUUGAUCGCGUACAUUAACGUUUUUUUUUAUUUGUGACGUUAGGUACCUUUUCCCGUCGAACGUCACAUUUUUAAUGUCACUUUCGAAACGUCAGGCCAAAUAAAAAGCGAGUACGAGUAAGUUCAGUUUUAUAAAUUAUAACUGAAAAUCGUGUUAGUUUAAAUCAAUAUACAUGUAGUUUCAAAAAAUGCUUAUUAUUAGAGGUCCUGGCACCGUGACGUACAUACAUAGAGAAAAAAUAUUAUUAAAUGUUGAAAAUCAAGAAGUAGGUAAGAGGUAAAAGACUAAAAUAAUACGUUAGUGGUUAUCAGUGUACUUUAGUUCUGUCAAAGAUAUUUGUAAAGUUUUCAAAAAAAAAGGGGAAAGGCAACAUUUUCUUAUUUAUUGACACAUUUAUUUAGGCUGGGGUUUACAAAGUGAAUUAUCAAAGUUUAUUGAGAUUUUGUAUUACCUCUGACGCUCUACAUACAUACAUGUAAUGUUACAUAAUGGAUAUGAUAAUUUCUAGGCUAGCGAGUCAAAUAUUCGAGAAUCAAUGUUUUGGAUACCCAAUGUUUACUUAGUUUGUUGUUAAAGACACUAUCGACGUUAUGGAUGAAAUAAAUUUAUCGGGUACC